GGCGCGGAGCCCGGCGGCUCGGGGCCCAGAGAGCGCCGCGGCCGGGAGCCCGCUGGCCCCUGACAGCCCCCUCCCCCUGGCGGACGACGACGGCGACGAGGGCGCCGGUCAUGGCGGAGCAGCGAACCGAGCGCGGGCCCUGAGCUCCACCGCAUGGAGCGGGACGAACGGCCGCCUAGCGGAGGGGGAGGCGGCGGGGGCUCGGCGGGGUUCCUGGAGCCGCCCGCCGCGCUCCCUCCGCCGCCGCGCAACGGCUUUUGUCAGGACGAAUUGGCAGAGCUCAACUCAAGCACUAUUUCUGUUCCAGAUGAUCGCGCUGAACAACGAACCUGUCUUAUUUGUGGCGACCGCGCCACAGGCUUACACUAUGGAAUCAUCUCCUGUGAGGGCUGCAAAGGGUUUUUCAAGCGGAGCAUUUGCAACAAGCGGGUAUACCGGUGCACUCGUGACAAGAACUGUGUCAUGUCUCGGAAGCAGAGGAACAGAUGCCAGUACUGCCGCCUGCUCAAAUGCCUCCAGAUGGGGAUGAACCGGAAGGCGAUCAGAGAAGAUGGCAUGCCUGGAGGCCGGAAUAAGAGCAUUGGGCCAGUCCAGAUAUCAGAGGAAGAGAUCGAAAGGAUUAUGUCUGGGCAAGAAUUUGAGGAAGAGGCCAAUCAUUGGAGCAACCAUGGUGACAGCGACCACAGUUCCCCUGGGAACAGGGCUUCGGAGAGCAAGCAGCCCUCACCCGGCUCUACACUCUCCUCCAGCAGGUCUAUGGAACUAAAUGGAUUCGUGGCGUUCAGGGAUCAGUACAUGGGGAUGUCUGUGCCUCCACACUAUCAAUAUAUACCGCACCUUUUUAGCUAUUCUGCCCACUCGCCACUUCUGCUCCCACAAGCUCGAAGCCUGGAUCCCCAGUCAUACAGUCUGAUUCAUCAGCUGAUGUCAGCCGAGGACCUGGAGCCACUGGGCACACCCAUGUUGAUUGAGGACGGAUAUGCUGUGACUCAAGCAGAGCUAUUUGCCCUGCUUUGCCGCUUGGCUGAUGAGCUGCUUUUUAGGCAGAUUGCCUGGAUCAAGAAACUGCCUUUCUUCUGCGAGCUCUCAAUCAAGGAUUACACGUGCCUCCUGAGCUCUACAUGGCAGGAAUUAAUCCUGCUCUCCUCCCUCACUGUUUACAGCAAGCAGAUCUUCGGGGAGCUGGCUGAUGUCACUGCUAAGUACUCACCCUCAGAUGAAGAACUACACAGAUUUAGUGAUGAAGGGAUGGAGGUGAUUGAGCGGCUCAUCUACCUGUACCACAAGUUUCAUCAGCUAAAAGUGAGCAAUGAGGAGUAUGCUUGCAUGAAAGCAAUUAACUUCCUAAAUCAAGAUACCAGGGGUCUGACCAGUGCCUCGCAGCUGGAACAGUUGAACAGACGAUAUUGGUACAUUUGCCAGGAUUUCACUGAAUAUAAAUAUACACAUCAGCCGAACCGUUUUCCUGACCUCAUGAUGUGCUUACCUGAGAUUCGCUAUAUUGCAGGAAAGAUGGUGAAUGUUCCCCUGGAGCAGCUGCCCCUCCUCUUUAAGGUGGUGCUGCAUUCCUGCAAGACAAGUGUGGGCAAGGAGUGAUCUGUCCCCAGCACCCCUCCUCAGGCCAACCCUAACGCCUGGGGUGGGCAGGACAGGCUCCAGAAGAAAGCCAGAGAGACCAAGAUGGAGGCUGUGGAGCAGUGUUGCCAGUUGCCUCCACAGCAAGAAGAGUCUUUGUUUGUCUUGUUUUUUAACCUCAUUUUUCUAUAUAUUUAUUUCACGACAGAGUUGAAUGUAUGGCCUUCAGCAUGAUGCACAUGCUUCUGUGUGAAUGCAGCCGGUGCAUUUCCUUGCAGUUUACAGAAUGUGAAGAUGUGUAAUGUUGCCGUGCUGUCAUUGUUUAGAGAUAGUUCUUUUGUAUUUUGAGGGAGAGGGUGGGAUGGGGCUGAGAUGACUAUUUCCAUAAUGUUGACAAAGAUGACUACCUCAGUGGAAAGAGAAGGGUGUCAACAACCCUACUUUUUCCACACGUUCUCAGCAGACUCAUAUAUUAGUCUGUCAGAGAGCAAAUUGCCUUUUACUAGCUAAAGAAUUACCAGGUAAAAGAGCACACCGUAAAAGGGGAAGUGGUGUUAGGAGGUUUACUAAGCAGAGUGGGUGAGACAUUGGAAACAGAUCACGAGAUGAGGAUUUAACCAUCUCUUUUCUUUGGAAAGUGAGAGUUGGGCACAGUGACCAAAUCUAAGUUAGGUGUCCACCCUCCAAGCAGGUCCUCAGGGAGGAGGGUUUCUAUUCUCACAUCAUACCCUGGGGCCUCCCCUCCCCGCCAUCCACACCACCAGUACUGAUUUCUGCCGCUGUCACCUUUUCACCUAGGCAAAGCCCUGAUCGGGACUAGUCUACAAGCUAUCUUGGGACUCACAGCUACCUAGUUUCCUUACUCUCCUCACACUCGUUGCCUCUCCCUUAUAAACGUGACUUCCUACUGACCCUUUGAAAAAACAGCUGAACAAAAUGUCAUGUUCUAAAUCCUGAUGCCCACUACUGAUUUAUUCUCUUUUCACCUUCAGCGGUUAGUGGGACAAAAGCCAGAUUGCUAACAGAAUGAACACUCCUCCUUUGGAGGUCCCGUUUAUCUCCCCACCCCAUCCCAUUCCACCUCCAGAUCUGAAUCAGAAACUGCAGUCUCUCUCAAACAGCUGGAAGGACCAUUCACCCAUCUGCUGACCAGAAUUUUUGCCCCUACAUUCUACCCCUGUUUCUCUUAAUGUCUCCCAAAAUAAGAUCAGGUUUCCUCAGAAUAAGCCCAAGACCCAGAGUGGCACAGCUGCCCCUUAGAGUAUCAGCGGCCUGGCUGACCAAGGUCUGGAGGGCUAGAGUCCAAAGCUCCUGGAAGGGAAGGGGGGGCUUUAAACUACCUCAUGUUCCUAAAGGCCUGGCUGCCCCCUCUGCAGGUAUGGCCUUGACCCCUUAUUCUUUCACUACCUGCCCCACCUAGUCCUGGGAAACGUUCCUUACCCUCUUGGCUUUGGCCAGCAGCCGCACCAGGUCUGUCGUGGAAUUCUUUCAGGGGCUUUUUCCUUCUCCGCCUUACUGCAGCAGUUGUCCCUGCCUAAGCCCAGGUCCCUCCCACAGCCAGUGCAGCAGACAGGCCAUUUAGCUGGGUACAUCCCUGGGUAGGCUUGAGGGGCCUACAGGACCUCAUUUUUUUGCCUGUUGAGUCAAAGGCCGUUUGCUCUCAUCCCAGCCCAGCCUAGCACACUUACUCAGAGGGCCACCACACUGUGUGCAUAUCAGGUAGUCUGUGUCAGAUUGUAAUUUUUUCUUUCCGGUGAAUUGUUACGGGUACAGAAAGUGAAGACUUUGUCCUUUGAUGGAUCUAAAACUCAGAGCAUUUCUUCUGAAUGUUGUUUCUCCAGUUGCUCUGAGGAGAAAAAAAAAGGAAAGGAGAGACGUUCCUCAGGAAAAGCUCCAACCAGAAUGUUUUUCACAUGUCAAUGGGAAGAUUUGUAUGUAUCUGUUUAUUUCACAGUAUUUUUGUUUCUCUGAUCUUUUAUUUAACCAAACUAGAUCACAGCCUUUGGCUGCAGGUCAGACUCCGAGCCACUUUCCUCAAAGUAGGGAAGGAUGCACAUAACAGAGACCCCUUCUCCAAGACAGCUUCUGUGUGCUUAUCUUUCUUUUCUAGACCUCCAUCGGUCAAAUCAUUAUUAUUUUUUUAAAAUUGUUUUUCUCUUAAAUUAAGUGUUGUACUGGUUGGGUCAGGUACUGAAAGGAGUUGCUCUCUGAUGAGGCAGGAACGUGUCUCUUUAAUACUGCAGCAUUAAACAGAGCAAGUUGUUAAUUUGUGGAGUGGGGAAAGGUUCUGCAAGUUGCCAUUGUACAAAUCCAUUUUUACAAAUGUUUGCAGUAGAUUCCACAGAACAAAGAGCCCAUUCAUUGCCGAGAGCCCUGCAGAAUCUCUGAGCCAAGUGGCCAUGUGUUCCGAGCCGGAGCCUGACCUGUGGACCGCCUUUAAUGUCUUCUGCACCCAGUCCUUUUAUGACGUGGGCUUUUUUUAAACAGGGUAAAGUGACUGUGUUGCGUCGCAAACUCAGGUAUUAUGAGAGGAAGGUAGGAGUGUAGCUAGCAGUGUGGAGACAUUAGGUCAGCCACUAGAUGUAUUUGUGAAUUCAGUUUGAAGGACACAGAGAAAGGUUGGAGGGGGAGGUUUGAUGUGUUGUUUUUCGCCUUUCUUCCCAUGAUGUUUGGUUAACAGGUAGCCUUUUUGCUAGUGGAAAAGAAAAAAGUUGUGCAUCUUGUCUGUAAUUCCCCUCUCUUCUGUCCUCUCUCUGAUCCCCUGCCACCAACAGCACUCACUUUGAGUGAGAACCUUUCCACCAUAAAAAUAUGACCCUGAAAGCUGUGUGUUAAAGGAGAAUCCCAAUCAUUGCACUGCAUUGAAACAUACAAGCUUUUCUCUUCCUUCCCCUUUGCAUGUUUUCUUGAUCCAAGACAAAACUUUGGAAUCUUGGAACUUCACCCACAACUCACACUCUCUGGCUCCUUUGUCGGCUUUUGGAGUCUUUCACAGGCUUGGUGGUUUUACCCUCAGUCUGGAGAGACUCUCCAGAACCUAUCUCAAAGCACUCCACCUGUCUCAGAGGAUACCCAAUCCCCCAGGCCCGUUGCAUAGUGAGGUGGGCAAACCUCCAGGGAUGGAAAGCAGAUCCAGAGGAGGAGGGGUAGAGGCAACUGAGGGGUCUCCAUGGCAUCAUGACAGUCACCCACUCCACAGCACCCUGCCUCACACCUGCCACCUGUUGUCAGAGAAGGGAAUCCUGCCACGGCCAGUAUGUCACCAAGUCCUUAAAACCCUGGGCUUUCUGAGAUAGCUGCCUUGCUCUGCUGCCCAUUUCUUACCUUAGUCUCUUUGUUCUCAGUUUACUGGGGAAUGGGACAGAUAGAGACAGACAAACCCAGUAUUGGCAACAUCUAGGCCAUGUCCAAGGUUGGCCAAAGUAAAAAGACUGGCCUCCCAGCAGGGCAGGAAGUGGAGCAGUGGUUCCAAGUCUUUAGCUCUGGGCCCCUGGUCUAUGUCUUCUUGUUGCUUUUUAAAAUUCUGCAAUUAUUUUGAGAAAUCCAAUUUUUUAGACCAACCCUUUUAUUAAACUUUAAAUUUUUCUGUAUUGAUUUUUUAAAGUUAAAAAAAAUUUUUUUAAAAAAGCAAAAAAAAAAACCUAAACAAAAACCCACCACUCUUACUUUCCCAAUUUGAUCCAUGAGAGGCCCCCUGCACUCCCCUCUGCUUUUGCAUCUGAUCAGUCCUCCCUUUUCCCUCAGCUUGAUGCAUCUAUGUCCAGUGUCUGUGAAAUGAUGUUUAUCUGUGUCUCAGGAUAAGAAACGGCAAUCAUUCCACCAGGUGCUGGAAACUGGUUAGCCUUGAGGCAAGGGUUUCUAGGGCCACAGCUCAGGGAUGUGUAUUUAAUUACAGGGUCCCCAGAAACCCAUCUCCUGGCUACCACAAGCAACAGCUUCUUUUCUGGGCUUAGGAGCCAGACCUGGACUGUUUCCUUAAGGCAGGGGCCCCACAGACCAUGCUGAGGCUUCCUGUUUGACCAGAGCUGGACUCCCUUGAGACUUGGGAAGACUUCAGUCUGUCCUGUAAGAUGAACCACAGUGACCCUGCCUCUACUGGCUCACAUGAUGCCCGGUCCCUCUGCCUAAUCCAGUACCCAUCUGGCCUCCCUUCUCGGCCUGCAGCCCUCAAUGGGCUACAGCCUGCUCAGGAAUCAGUUGCAGGCUCAAAGGGAAGCCAUGAAUCAGGCCAGAGCUUGCUUCAAGCCCAAGAAAAAAUUUGUCUUACUGGUGGAGGCUAGUCUUCCAAAUCCUGGAGCCAGCCCUGCCAGCCAAAGGAUCAUUUUUGCCCUUUGGUUACCAUUGUUUUCUUUCUCUGAAAUGUCUUAGAUGAUAAUGUUGUUGACUCAAAUUUCCAUGAAAAAAAAAAAAAAAAAAAAACUACCUCUUGAGUGACAUCCUGGUCUAUUCCUCUCUGAGGAGUCUUGUGGGAAAAGAAUACUGUAGCUCCUGCUCUGUUUACAUGUUUCUGUGGAGAAAGAAACCCUGCCUGCCCUGGGGUGUUGGGUGUUUUUGUCUGUGUUGCCAUCCCAGGCCUGUGAUAGGGGCUUGUGGCUACAUUGUAAUGUCUGGGCCAUGUCUGGGGAGUCCUUCCCACCAGCCCAGCCAGGGACUAGCCAUCGCCUUGAAGAGGCCUCCUUUUCCUUCCUAUGAUGCAAGGUGCAGGGAGCACCACCUCCCAUGACGCCACCUUCAGGAGCUGCGAUGGCACACGCAUCCAUGAGCCUCCCCCUGGGCUACCGAGGCUCACCUCUACCCACAGUCCUGCACAGGAGUCGAGUAAACAGGAUGUCUCUGAGCCCUUGUCCCCAAAGGGCCGGCCAAGGGCUGCCCGCCAACCUGGCUCCAUCAGUCCUGCAUGACCAAGUGAUAGUUGGUGGGCUCUUCUACCCAGGCCCUCUGCUACCUCCCACCCUGCCAUCUGGCAAGGAAUGGGCCCUUUUCUGUGAAUUGACUACCUGUGGAAAUGUGACCAAUUAGUGUGAAAUGCAUGUUUAGCGAAUGUUAGGUACUGUAUUUGAACCAAUAAAUGUGAAUUCUUCUGCA